AUGUCAAUCACGUCGCGCAGCCAAAGCUCCUCCCCCGACAUCUUGGGCCCUCCAGGCGAUGCCGACUACCUUAUUUCGUCCCCUAUAAAACCCUUCACGGGUCGCCAGAGCUGGCUGUCACCUGCGACCGUGAAACGCCAAAGGACCCCCGCGAAACGGCGGCGCGUGACGCUCAGCCCGACGAGAAGCGCGCACUCGAUUCGCUUUGACGAUGUCCUCCUCCCUGGGUCGCCUACAAUGAAACUUGAUAGUCGGCAAAGGUCGCUUUCGCCGGAGAAGUUUGGACAAGAUGGAAACGUGAGCCCAUGGCGGAUUCGGGUCACGCUCGAGGCGACGCAGGACGAGGACAACCAGGGUAACUCGAGCCCGUCGCGGAAACGGUUAAGGCCCUCGACGGUGACAACAAAGGUUCCCUUGAAGGACGACGGGAGUCCUCUGAAACAGAAAACACCUGCGAAGCGACGCGGCCGUCCACGGAAGUCAGAUAUUCAGAAUGGCUCGCCAUGGCCUGGAAGUCCAGGGAAUACGCCAGGGCCGGCGGGAACUACGCCUAACAGGAGAGUGGGACAGCUGCGCAAGAAUACGCCAAAGCCUCAGCCGCAAGUAAUCUCGAUGCUAGCAGACGACCCAGAAGAUGAGCCUGAAGACGAGCUACAAGACGAGCCUACUCCAACAGUUGAGCCGACGCAACAACAUUUUAGUCCGAUGGAUAUAACAGCUGAUGGCAGCGCGAACCCCAACCGGCAAUGGAGCCCGAUGAACCUUGCUACGGAUGGAGCAUACGAUAGCGAUUCCCUCGGCGCGGAUGAUUUACCUGUCGCAGACCUUCGUGCUCCAACGCCAGCGCAUAGGCAGACCCAAGAAAACAAUCCAGGUCAUGAAUACGGCAGAGCUACCUACGAUACCCCAAUCAUCGGUGCUACCGAACACCAUUUCCUCGAUAAUGAUGAGAACAUACAUUCCACUCCUUCCAAGAUGCCAUCGCCUACACGAGAAAGACUGGAAUCAUCCGCAAGAUCUUCCCGCCUUGCCGGAAGCACCGUGUCUCCACGUACCUACCCGACUCCAACCCCGACUUCCUCGCUGGCCGAUGAAGAUAAUCAACCCGGGGAGCAGACCCUGGAGGUUCGAGAAGAAACGCGACGGACAAGCACCGAUCAGGAGCCCCAGACCGAUCCCUUGGCGGAUCCUACGGACGAGCAUGUUGAAUUCGACUCUAUCAUGGAGAGCGAAGGAUUUACUAUGGUCUCUCUUGACACAUUGCCAUCGGCGAAGCAAUAUGGUCUCGGAUCCAGCGCUAAACUCAAUUCAGAUGGCUCCGGAAAAGAGCGAGAAGCCGGACGCAUUGGCGACCGGCUGAAGCGUAAAUUGUCAGGAACAAUUGACAGCUUCCGAAGUGAUGCGCAAAGCUCGACAAGGCCUAGCCAAGUGAUUCAAACCCACUCUCCUAAACCACAUACCCUAGCACGCAGCAAUCCCAAGCCACAUACUGUGAACACGCGAGCUCCAGUUCAGGUUUCCUACCCCGAGCUUCCUGUAACGCGUUUGGCGGAGAAGCCGCUAGACGACACACCGAGACGGACUCCCAUCAGCUUGGCCAGGGUAGUCCGCGUCGGUAUGGCACUCCAAGGCACCUUCAAGCCCGGUGAAAAUGAAGUCCCGGGAAGCGGCAAUGCGAGUCGAAAGAAGCGACUCGAGGGCGUCUUUAGCAGCUUUAGCCCUGCUACGCAGCGAGAAUUGCGGGCUGCUCUUGGAAUCGGCCAAGAGCUCGCAAUGCGCCAAGCACUAGCAGCGGAGGAGCGAGCUAGAGAAGCCGAGGAACUGGAGGACGAAAAUGUCCCUGUGAAUGAUUAUGACUAUCCGAUGGAAGAGCCGCAAGGAGGCGACUUGAGCGAGGGUGAUGAGGAGGUAGAGGAAGAGGAUGAUGAGCCUAUGGUGGUAUCAGUCCAGCCUCGGCAGAAAAAUUCCCCGCCAGUCCACAGCUACGACAUUGCAAGGACAGAGCGAGAGCAAGAGUGGCAGCGGGAGCGCGAAAUUGUCAGUCGCCAUGCUAGGGACCCGAAAAACUCAGAAAGGCUCAUUUACAUUGAGAGUGAUGAGGACAUCCCACAAGAGGAACCCAAGUAUGCCUCUGGUGGUCAUCUGGAAGCUGACGUUGAGUCUGUUGUCGAUGAACCCCCGCUCGACGAGGAGCCAUUUGAAGAGGAGCCACUUGACGAUGAAGUCCCUGAUGACGCAUCUUUCGAUGAACAGCCUGAGCACCUCUCGCCGGAUGUUGUACCCCUUUCCCAGCCUGUCGCAACCCAAGCGUUACACAUGGAUGAGGAACCUAUCUACGAGGAUGAUGACGACGGCUCUGAAGACAUAUGGCGACAAGAUACUUUCCAUUCUGAGCCCGAGCAUGCACCUGAACCGUUUCAACCACAUGAUCAAAAUAUGGAGUUGGAGCAAGAGGCCUUGAAUGAUGACGAUGGUGAUGAUGACAUAUGGCAACUGGAGGCUAGGGAUCAAAGCAACCUCUCGCAACAUUCCCAGAGUCGGGCCGAGAAGGACGUUGUUCAAGUCCCUUCUAGCCCCUGGAGAAAGGUUGCGAGCUUUUCUGCAGAUCACGAUCAUUUGAGCUCUUCUCCAGCUUACGUGACCGUGGAACACAACGAUGGGCUACACCAGGUGCCGACACAUAUUCGAAAGCUACGCGAUCAGGAUGUCGAUCUGUCUGCAAUUCUUGCAGAAGAAGAGACACCCAACCGUGCUCGCUACUAUAACGGCACAAGCACGCCUCGAGAGCUGCCUAACCGCCGACCUGGAGCUCCACUUUCCUCCGCCAUGAAAUCUGCAAACUCCACGCGGAAGACGGGCCAACGGGUGCGCCUGCAGCCUAUCCCCCAGUCUAGCCCGGAAAUAGGCUCGGAGGCAGAGUUCAGCUACUCUCCUGCCUUCAAACCCAAUAUCUCUCACCACGAUCCGAUCGAGGUUGAGGCCGACGAACCAGGGAAUUUCUCUGAUCGUGCUCACGAGAUCGAACCCGGUUAUACGGAUGCAGAAACCGCCACUCCGAAGCCUCCACGCCAAUCAGACCAGGAUGCCCCGGCAUCAACUUGGUUCCAGCGAAUUACCAGUCUCACCCCCAGGUGGCUGAAAGCGCCCAACAGAGAUGAUGAUGACAGUUCCAGUUCGGCGGCAGCUUCUGAGGACGAAUAUGAAGACGAUGACAAGGAGAAUCAGGUGGAAAUUGCCAACAUCGAGUUAGCCAACCAUAUUCACGAAAACUAUGAGCAAGCACCUCGUUCAGACCGUUCAAGCAUGUCACCUUCAAGAUACUUGGAAGAAUCGGCCAGUCCACCGCAGUUAAAUGGCCAUGGUUAUGUGCCUUCCAUUGAACAAGGCGAUGAACAUUCUUCCGAGCAAGGUGACUUUGAUCAUGUGCAAGACGAUGUUCCAAAGGACCAUGCAGAAGGCAGCACUGCCCAAGAUGAUGCUGUGGAAGACGAUGUUGUCGAGGCCGACCCUAUCGAGAUGAUCAACGGCGACCAUGCCGAAUCAGUAUGGGCCAGACCUCUACCAACAUUCGGCUACUUUUCCGACGACCACUACAAAGCCCUUCGGCGCAUCUACCGAAUGACAAAGCGCUACCCAGAGCGCUUCCCCUACUACGACUCGCCAGGGCGUGCUGAGAUCAUCGGUGAUUGGAUCUGGACUUCGGACGGCCAUCAUGGGGUCCCCAUCACCGAAGUACAAUUUGCCAUCAUCGACCGCUUUGUGCAUGACCUCUCACGCGCCGACGUUGCGUAUGGUGGAAGUGGGCAGGUCGAUUGGACCGAAGCUGACCUACAUCGGAGAUUGAUAAGCAUCAUUAUUGGCGAGCAGAUCCGAGAGAAUCAAAAGGCCAAGUCGGCCCGGGGAGUGUCUGUUGAUACAUGGCGUUGA